GGCUGAGGUUUCCUGCUGCGCGUCUCUGUUUAUUAAUAUUAGAUGAAUAUAAAUGCUUCAUGCAAUAUUUAACAGCUUGUAAUGAGUGAAACAGCUGUAAACUGUUGCGCUUACAUUCCUUCAUCAAACGUGACUGAUUCUGUGGCGUGAAGCUCAGGAGGAUCCAGCCUCUCAUGUGUGCGUUCAGACGCUGAAAUCAGCUUCCGGCAGACGCGUGUGGCUUCUGAGCGAGAGCACAAUAGAGCAAAACACACAGGAAGAGAGAAGAGAAAGUCAGACGGAGGAAGUCACUGCAGAAGGAGAGGAGCAUGACAGAGUUCUGGGUGUGUUUCAGCUGCUGCAUCGCUGAACAGCCGCAACCCAAGCGGAGGCGGAGGAUAGAUCGCACUAUGAUCGGAGAACCCACAAACUUCGUUCAUAUGACACACGUGGGCUCUGGAGACAUGGGCCGUGGAGCUGUGGACUCGGUGCAGACGCAGAUGAAAUCUAAAGGCGGUUACGGGAACGGCACGGCGGACAGCGUUCAGGGCUGAUCAGGUGACCAGAAGCAUCUCCAGCUCACAGAGACCGCUAGCUUAAGCUCCUGCGACCCAGGAAUAAACAUCUCAUGUAGUGAGGUUUCAAAUCAGAAUAUGACUUUCUGUUAGGAAACAGCACAUUGAUUUCAUUCAUGAGCACUGUAGAGGACAGCAGGACUAAAAGAGUGUUUAUUAGGCAUUCUGGGAGACGCA